AUGAAGGGCCCAUCCUACCUCUCCUCCUUGAGUCAACCGGAGAAGGACGUCGGGAAAGAUCUGGAUCUCAGCUUCCUGCAAGAAGAGACCAGUGGAAAUGCUGCUUCUAAUGCUAACGUGACACAGGACAGUGGUGUCUUCGACGCCUGUAGGCAAGAGGAGUCUGCUAAGACUGACCCUAAAAAGGUGGCCAUGCCGGGAGCCUCUACCUUCUGUCCCAUGACACCCGUGACCCCAGUGGCUGAGAGUUCUGGAAUCAUCCCCAUGUUACAGAAUAUUGUAUCCACAGUGAAUCUGGCCUGCCCACUGGACCUGAAGUCCAUUGCUCUACAAGCCAGAAAUGCAGAGUACAACCCCAAGCGUUUUGAUGCUGUCAUUAUGAGAAUACUGGAGCCUAGGACCACAGCGCUCAUCUUCAGCUCUGGAAAGAUGGUCUGCACAGGAGGUGAGACUUAAGGACAUGAGGAGCUGUGUCGCUUAGCUGCCCGCAAGUUUGCUCGAGUGUUGCAGAAGCUGGGCUUUCCUGCCAAAUUCCUAGACUUCAAGAUACAUAACAUGGUGGGGAGCUGUGAUGUGUGCUUCCCCAUCCGACUGGAGGGUCUGUUGCUGGAUCAUCAGCAGUUCAGCAGUUAUGUGCCAGAACUGUUUCCUGGUUUGAUCUAUCGCAUGGUGAAACCACGUAUUGUGUUAAUGAUCUUUGUGUCUGGAAAAGUGGUCCUGACAGGAGCUAAAGAACGUCGAGAAAUCUAUGAAGCCUUUGAGAACAUAUACCCAAUUCUGAAGGGAUUCAGAAAGCAAUGAAGUGCCUUCGCUGAUUUUUGUGAAGACGAUGAAAGCAUUUAACGCACUUAAUCUUCAUGUGUGUAAAAUACAUGCGUCCUUAAAUUGUUUCAUUUUGUGUUGCACUUCUGGAGUGUUAAAUAAAAGUGUACAGAUGGGCAA